AUGGCGGCUACAACGAGCUCCGGCGAAGAGCCACCGGAAACUCAAACGCCGGCGCAAUUGAUUCCAUCACUAUCAGACGACGUUGCUCUGAAUUGUCUUGCCCGCGUCUCUAGAUGCCACCAUCCAAUUCUCUCUCUAGUCUCCAAGACUUUCCAAUCUCUCCCCAAAUCGCCUCUGCUCUACGCCACGAGAUCUCUCGUCGGAGCAACUGAAAACAUCCUCUACGUCGCAAUCCGUCUACCUCCUGAAUCCGGUGCGUGCUGGUUCACUCUCCUCCGCAAACCAAAUCGAACCUCAACGAACUCGCCGCGUAUGCUUGUUCAAAUCCCAUCUUGCCCUUCGCCGUCGCUCGUCGGAUCCGCUUACGUCGUGGUGGGUUCGGAGAUUUACGUAAUCGGCGGAUCUAUCAGAGACGUGCCGUCUUCGAGCGUGUGGGUUCUCGAUUGCAAGUUUCACACUUGGCGACGAGUCUCGAACAUGAGAGUCGGUCGCGAAUUCGCAGCGGCCGGCGUGAUCGACGGGAAGAUUUACGUGAUCGGAGGAUGUGUGGUUGAUAAUUGGGCUCGAUCGAUAAACUGGGCAGAGAUGUUUGACAUAAAGGCGCAAACUUGGGAGCCAGUGGCGAGCCCAGGCAUGGAGGUGCGUGAGAAAUGGAUGCACGCAAGUGCGGUCAUGGAAGGGAAAGUCUACGCCAUGGCUGAUCGAAACGGCGUCGUUUACGAGCCGAAAGAGAGGAAAUGGAGUAUGCCAGAGAAGAGGCUUGAUUUGGGAUGGAGAGGAAGAGCUUGUGUGAUUGAGAGCAUACUGUAUUGUUAUGAUUACUUGGGGAAGAUAAGAGGGUAUGAUCCAAAGGAGAGGAUUUGGAGAGAGGUUAGAGGUGUUGAGUCGCUUCCGAAGUUUCUUUGUGGUGCUACGAUGGCGAAUCGUGGCGGGAAGCUUGCGGUUUUGUGGGAAGGGAAAGCUGGGAGUGGAGGUUCUAGGAGGAUGGAGAUUUGGUGUGCGGAGAUUGAUGUUGAGAGACGUGGAGAAGGAGAGAUUUGGGGGAAGAUUGAUUGGUCUGGUACUGUGUUUACUGUUCCUAAUGAAUCCGCCAUUGUGAAUUGCUUGGCAGCUACAGUUUGA